UCUAACAGCGGCUUGGGAAAUUGGAGAUACUUAAUCUCAGUCAUUCAUAUUACCUAAGACAAUCACCAGACUUUUCACGACUCCCAAAUCUACAGUAUUUGAUCCUUAAAGACUGUGUGAGUUUGCCAAAGAUUGACAAGUCCAUUGGACUUCUUUCUCAACUUGCCUUGCUAAAUCUCAAGGGCUGCACAAUGCUCAAGGACCUUCCGGAGGACUUCUAUAAGUUGCGUUGUUUUAGGACUCUUGUUCUUUCUGGCUGUUCGAGAUUUGAGAAUUUGAGCCAGGAUAUAGGAAAUAUGAUUUCUUUGAAAACUCUUGUUAUAUGUGGUACUAGCAUAAGUGAAGUACCAUCCUCCGUAGAUUGCCUUCGGAACUUGGACUUUUCAUCUCGACAAGGCCUGAGUGGACUAAAACGAUGUGACCAGACAUCAAGGCCUAGGCUGAGUUUGUGGGGGUUUUUAUACGAAUUUCGUUUUUGGUUUUUAUUUGCUAUUUUGGUUGUUUGGUAUCUUUGGGAGACGGCACAAAGGGGGGAGGUGAGGGGGGCUUCUUCGGUGGGGGUCAGUGAGGAUAAUUUGGAAACCCCAAAGACCCCACCAAAGAGUGAGGAUGAGGGGGGCGUCUGCGGUAGGGCCAGUGAAGAUAAUUUGGAGACCUCAAAGACCCCACCGAAGAAUGAGGAUAAUUUAGAGACUCCCGAUGAAGAGUGGCUGAGUCUCCGCCGUGAGGAUAAUUUGGAGACCCCACCGAAGAGUGAGGAUAAUUUAGAGACCCCAAAGAUACUAGUCUCACUCUUCGGGUGGUAGCGGAACAAAUUAAAUGAAACUUUAAAAUUGCCAGAUACUAGCCUCAGUCUCCUAGAAAAAUUACGCCGUGAUAUCAUACGCCGACUCAUCUCACUCUCAAAUUUCAGCUCAAACGGUGACUAAUCACCACGCCAUUCAAAUCUCAGUAAGUUCAUCAAUCAUGGUUCUCCUGGUACAUUUUGUUUUUCAGAUUUUAAUUUUUAAUUUCUUUUUUGCAGAUUAAUAAGGUUUUCAUUUUGUGCUUUUGAUUUGGGAAUAUAAACCGUAGAUAAUUUCAUUUGUGGGUUUGAUUUUCAUCUUAUAAAUAGAUGAGUGGGUUCAUUCAUGUAAAAUAGAUUUUCAAUUUCCAGCGAGCUUUGUAACUUUUUCUAGAUUUUCAAUUUGAUUAGAAUUUUUUUAGAUUUGGGAAUUCUGUGAAUAUAUUCAGCAAAAUUUGCUGCACCGAGAGGAAAUUGAUUCC